AUGGCGCCGAAGGAAAAGAAGACCAAAGAGCAGAUUGCCGCGGCUGCCGCCGCAGGCAGCAAGAAAAACAAGAAGAAGUGGUCCAAGGGGAAGAGCAAGGACAAGCUAAACUACGCGGUAAUGUUUGAUCAGGCAACUUUAGAUAAGUUCAUGGCAGAGGUGCCGAAGAUGAAGUUGGUGACUCCGUACACAAUCUGCGAACGGCUGCGCAUCAACGCAUCUCUGGCACGCAGGGGCAUUCGAGAGCUUCACAGUCAAGGGCUUAUCAAGCCCCUUGGUGAACAACACCAUUCCCACUACGUCUUCACAAAGCCUACCCCAGCAUGA